UGCUUUGCUCCGACUCACUCACAACUAGCUACCAUUCCAGCUAGAUACACUAUGGGGGUGAGAGUAGCCAGUGGCAAGGCUCUGGUGCUACUAGUUUCAGUGUUCAUCAUCUGCGCCGGCGGCGGCAUGGUUAUCUCGCCGGCGGCCGCGGAGGAGGUGCACCUGGUGCCGGCGGUGUACGUGUUCGGCGAUUCAACGGUUGACGUGGGCAACCUCAAGUACCUGCCGGGGAACUUCACGCUGCCGUAUCCUUACGGCAUCGACUUCCCGCUGGCGAACUCCUCCAGACCCAACGGAAGGUUCAGCAACGGGUACAACCUUGCCGACUGCAUCUCGAGGCUGUUGGGUUUCGAUAUGAGCCCGCCGGCGUACCUGUCACUGACGCCGGAGACGAGCGGUCAGAUCCUCAAAGGCUUCGGUGGAGCCAACUACGCCGCCGGUGGAUCCGGCAUUCUCGACGCCACCGGGAAUGCCUCCCUCCCGCUGAGCAAGCAGGUGGAGCUCUUCGCGGCCACCAAGGCAAAGAUGACAGAGGACAGCGGCGACAACGGUGCCCAAGCCAUCGACGCGCUGCUAUCCAGGUCCCUCUUCCUCAUUAGCGACGGUGGCAACGAUAUGUUUGACUUCUUCCUGAAGAAACGGUCGCCUUUUGAGGUACCGGCCUUCUACAAGGACCUUCUGUCCAACUACACCAAGUAUGUGAAGACGCUGUACGGGCUCGGGGCGCGGCGUUUCGGUGUCAUCAACGUGGCUCCCAUCGGCUGCGCGCCGGCGGCGCGGGCGAGAUCCCCGUUCGGCGACGGCUACUGCGAAUUUUUUUCCAAUAAACUCGCCAGGGACUUCGACAGCGCCUUGGGCGACGCGAUGGCGAACCUCGCCGCGUCGCUGCCCGGGAUGAAGUACUCCGUGGGGAGCCCCUACCAGCUGGUGGAAUACUACACCGCGCACCCGGAGGCCGCCGGGUUCAAGGUUGUGAACAGCGCGUGCUGCGGCGGCGGGAAGCUCAACGCGGAGACCCCCUGUGGCUCCCCCAAUACCACCUACUGCGCCCACCGCGACGAGCACAUGUUCUGGGACAUGAUGCACGGCACCCAGGCCACCUGGAUCAAGGGCGCCGCGGACAUCUACGACGCGCCGGUGGAGCGAGGAUUCACGUCACCCAUCAAUUUCAAGCAGCUGCUUCUUGAUGACGAACGCGCAGUGUCAGCUGCUAAUUUGCUUGUGAGUGUGUGAGUGUCAAGCAUGUUGCUGUUCUAUGUUAGCAGUUCUGUCGUGUUCAUUUUAUCCUUGUUUCUGCGUCGAGCACAGCAGAUGUGUUGCAUGUGCUCAGUUAGUAGUCCGCACGUUUUGUUUCUUGCAAAAUAAGGAACCUGACACGUACUUUGUUUGCGUGGAGGUGCGUCGUAGAAGUGGGCUAGAUUGUUACAAUCUCCUCUUUGGAUGGCAUAUGCCGGAAAUAGAUUGUCAGAGCUUCUACAAUUA